GGCACCCUUUCGGCCGCCACCGUCGAAGCCUAUUCCCUGGUACGUAUACUCGCCCACAUUGUUCACUUUCCAAAUAGUUGGACGACCCACUGACCAGAGGGUGGGAUGCCUAGAAUCUAUACGUGAUGCAGCUGUUCUGGAACACCUGCCUCCCUGUCAUCAAGCUCUCGAUUGUCCUCUUCUACCAACGCAUCUUCCCGGUCCGAUCUAUGGUGGUUGCCUGCCAAUCAGUGAUGGCCUUCCUGUUGGUCUGGUACAUCGCCUUCCAAACCACCGCCACCUUCCAAUGCACUCCGAUUUACCAUGACUGGACGAAGAAAGCUACAGAGGGAAAGUGCAUUGACUUUGUCCCGUUUGUCAUCACACUGGCGGCAACGAAUCUCUGCACGGACGUCAUACUUUUGAUUUUGCCCACGCGGGAGAUCUGGAAGCUCCAGAUUCCAACGGGGAAGAAGAUCGGAUUGUCGAUAGUUUUCACGCUGGGGAUCAUUGUAUGUGCGAUCUCUAGUGUGCGUCUUGAGAAUUUGAUCGCGAUUAGCAGCACUGAUAUCACCUGGUCGGAUACAUAUUCGCAUCUCUGGACGGCGAUCGAAAGCAGCCUCGGCCUGGUUGUCUCCUGCCUCCCCAGUCUGAUGCCGAUCCUACGCGCGAGGAUCCCACCAGCUAUCGGAAGUGUCCAACAAGAUAUUCUCGUGCCCCGACGGGGCUCGAAUGCGACCGGGGGGCGAUAA